GGCUGUAACAUAACGAAAUGUGGAAAAAGUGAAGCGUUGUGAAUACUUCCCGUAUGCAAUAGGCCUAUAUAUAGAACUUCUAUAUACAGUCAAUGGUAACAGUGAAGUGACGUGUAGAAGUAGGCUACCACGCUUAUGCUGAAGCUGUCCCGUGUUACAAUCGGUUUUACUUCGUCCAUUUUUGAGUUUAUCCGAAUAUGCAACAACUCACCAGCAAGUUAAGUGUCAGAGAAGAUGUGGUUAUCACCAAAAAUGUAUUAGCCUGCAUUAUUUGAAGACACACUGAAAACAUGAAAUAAUGCUAUUCCUGUAGCUCGGAAAAGGAGAGACGGACCUUGAUGUUGGGACCCGGUUGUUUUGGCCACCCUCUACCACGCUUGUUGUUCUUGUUGUGAAAUGAAGAUUCUCGGCGAGGACGAGCUGAGGACCGCAGAGCAGGCCCUGCGGCACUAUUUACCUAAAAGUUCCAAGGUGUAUGGGUAUCUCUUUGGAAUGAACCGGAAUAAGCCAAGCACACUGGAGGUCGUUGUUGACACCUGGCCUGACUUCAAAAGCAUUAUAUUCAGACCUAACCUAAAGAAUGAUCGUGUCUCUGACUACACAAAGAAGGUGACUUUAUUCUGUACAGACGUGCAAGUCUUGAAAAGAAUGAUAAUGGAGGAGAAUUCAAUUGACUGGACCACAUACUUUUUGCUUGGAGGGCUCGAUAUCACUCUCGCACCCAUGGUAAAGGAAGUUGCAGCCUCUCGGGGAGUUACUGUGAGAUGUUUCACUUUGUGUCAUCUCUUGACCUUAUCAGACCCUCAUGACCUACCUGACUCUCCCAGCAGUAUUGAGAACAGGAUAUGCUCUCUGAAUGAAUCGCACAUCGAUAUAGUUAACAAGACAUGGAAAUUUGGAGGAAACGAGAAGGGAUACAACAACAUUAAAAACCUCAUGUGCAACUUCCCCAGCUGUUGCAUUGUGGAUGAAACAGGCCAGCCAGUGUCGUGGGUGCUGAUGUACGACUACUGUGCCCUUGGAAUCCUGUAUACAAAGCCAGAACACAGAGGGAAAGGUUAUGCAAAGAUCCUGAUCACUGUCUUGUCGAAGAAACUUCUUGCUCAGGGCUAUCCAGUUUACUGCUUCAUAGAGGAAGGGAAUGACAUUUCUCUCAGGCUCUUUAAGAGCCUAGGAUUCACAGAGGACCCGUCCUACAGAGCGAUCUGGUUUGAGUUUAAUUAUUAGGCCCACCAGAUGUUUUCUGUUGAAUGUAAAUGAGUCAACAUUGUUAAUGUCUUCAUAAAGCACAGCAAUGGAUGGUUCAACAUUUUUGAAAGUUGGAACUGCAAAAAUUAAAAGUGUAUGUUGACCUCGUGACAUCACCAUAAUUCUA